GAAGCUCUGGAACAUGAAGCUCAAGGACCCCAACUCCAGCCUGAAGACCCUCAGCCAGAAGAUCAGCUUCUGGGUCCACAGGGUGCAGUGCCAGGGCACAGAGCCCCACCUGGCCCAAGGGCACGGGCAAGGGCAGGAGCAAGACCUCCCCAGGAAAGGUGAGCCCUGGCACGGCACCACGCUACCCGGCCAGCAUGUGCUCCCGGUGCGGCUGCGAGCAGGCACCCACGCUGGCGAGGGCCGGGUGGAGGUGCUGCGCCACGGGCAGUGGGGCACCGUGUGUGACAAGCAGUGGGACCUGGCCGCAGCCAGCGUGGUGUGCCGUCAGCUGGGCUACGGGACAGCGAAGCAGGCCCUGGUGGGAGCCCAGAUGGGCCAAGGCCUGGGGCCCAUCCACAUGAGCGAGGUGCGGUGCACUGGCCACGAGCGCUCCCUGGGCGAGUGCCGCUUCCAGGAUGCCGAGCGUAGCGGGUGCCGGCAUGAGGCUGAUGCCGCUGUCCGCUGCCAUGUGCCCCAUAUGGACUUCCAGAGCCAG